UAAGUGAAGUCAUUUUUAUCACCCAAUUUCCUAUGUAUAUCAUCUUCUUCAUGCUUUAUUUCCACCUACUUUUCUACUCACCAUAGUCUUGUUUAAUAAUCCAUUGCCUCCUUCCUUUAGCCACAUCCAUUUCUCAAUUUUCUCCAAAUGAAUUCGCAAAGCUUUUACUUCUACUCUUUGCUCACUCUGUUUUCAUCACUUAUACUAAUUCAUGUACCUCAAGGUUCGAGUAAUCCUAAUGAAUUCUACCAGACUUGUGGGAAAACGUAUACAUGUGGCGAUAUUAAGGGAUUAACUUAUCCUUUUAUGAGUGUCGAUGAUCCUUCCUUCUGUGGCUAUCCUGGUUUUGAGCUCAACUGCAAUCAGGAUGGUAGUACUACAAUGGAAAUCGAAAACAUCAAGUAUCGAGUUUUAAACGUACUUCCAACAACCCAAACGAUAAGGAUUCUGAGGGAGGAUAUCAUGGAAUCAAUUUGUCCUGUUGAUUUGGUUAACACCACUCUGGAUUACUCCCUCUUCGAUUUCGCCUCUGGCUAUACGAAUUUGACCUUUCUAUACGAUUGCCCUGUUGCAUCACACUUUGCGGAAAUGGAUGGUACUUUUGCUUGUAGAAAAAGCAAAUAUCACAAUGUUUUCGUACUGCCUGGUGCUGUAGGCCCGGGGAAGUGCGAUGCCAGUGUCACAGUUCCAGUGCCUCAGAUGAGUGCUGGUAAUGUAGGAUCAUUGAAUUCAUCAGGUUUGGCACAAGUACUACAAGAGGGGUUUGAAAUAAGAUGGAAACUUGAUAGUAAAACCUGCAGUAAAUGUAUCGAAGAAAAGGGAAGAUGCGGAUAUGAUGAAUAUUCGAAGCAAACAACUUGCUUUUGUCCUGGUCCUCCUUAUGCAUCUGCUUCUUGUCCAGUUUCUACUUUUGGGCUCCCUACUUAUGGAUUCGCACCACCAUUACCAAUAUCUAUACCAUCUCCAUCUCCAUCUCCAGGUAAAUGUUCUUGUUUUCCUAAAACUAUUUCCGGCUCAAUUUGCCUUCUUAGUCAACGGAUUUGA